UAAACUUCUCUCCGUGAAUGGGCAUCUGUUGAUCCCAGAGCUGACUGUUUGCUCAUGCUGGUGUACAAGGAUAAAUCUGAACGAGCAAAAGGGCAUAAGGAGAGGAGCAGCAUGACCUUAGAAGACAUCUGUGGCUUGGAUCCUGGGCUCUCCUAUGAGGGCUUGAAUCACACGCUUGCAAUCAUCUGUCUCUCUCAAGUUGUGAUGCUGGGAUUUGAGAACAAGGAAACAAUGUAUGCGUGGGAUGUACGAAUCCGCUACAGUUUGGGGGAAGUUCAUAGAUUUCAAGUCUUUGUAGCACCUGGCACUAAACUAGAGACUGGGCCUGCUACCCUGCAUUUCUGCAAUGACAUUCUCGUCCUUGUAAAAGACCUUCCUCCUAGUGUCAUGGGGCAAUGGAAGCUCUCAGAUCUGCGUCGGUAUGGAGCUGUCCCAAAUGGAUUCAUCUUUGAAGGGGGUACCAGGUGCGGCUUCUGGGCUGGAGUUUUUUUCCUUUCUUGUGCUGAAGGAGAGCAGAUCAGCUUUCUAUUCGACUGUAUCGUCCGUGGCAUCUCCCCGACGAAAGGCCCUUUUGGUUUGCGCCCAGUCCUACCAGAUCCAAGUACAAAUCCAGCCUAUUCAGAAGAAAGAUUGGCUCAUGAAGCUUUGCAAUUAGAGAAACGCUUGAGCUUGCUGUCCCAUACAAGUCGCCAGGGCAGUGGAGGAGAUGAUAGAAGUCUUUCAAGCUCAUCUUCAGAUACCAGCCGCUCGGAUGUUAGCGUUGGGAGCAGACUGACAAUUUGGCCUGAACAGUCUUCAGCCAGCACUUCUCAAGAGAGUCACGGACUGGCAGCUGCAAAGGGCAUUCAUCUUGGGGAGGAAAAGACCCUUCCAGAAGGGGCACGUGGCAUCACAAAACCACCUCCAAAGCCCCUCCGAUCUAGACAGCUACAGGAAAUAGGUCGUCAGAGUUCUUCUGACAGUGGAAUAGCUACUGGUAGUCACUCUUCUUACUCUGGAAGCUUUUCUUCCUAUGCUGGGAGCUUGGACAUUUGCCACGGUGAUGAAUUUGGAUCACUACUAAGCUUGCCAUUGAACUUUCCUUCGGAUCAGAAUUUAUGUACUUGUCCUCACAGUGAGCCCCAGAGAGGUGCGGGAUCAGAGUAUCAGGUUCCCAGCUCUCUCAGACAUAUUUAUGAUAUACCCAGGAGUUUCUUACAGGCAGCUUCUAAAGAUGUGCAACCGAAGAGUGCAGAUUCCAUGCUACCCAAGGACCAGGCCCGGUCACCUCAAGGUGCUAGUGACCCAAAACUGCUACUACCACACCCGGAAGCACGCAGGGUACCUGAGCACAGCCAGGACAGAGGGAGGCCUUCAUCCUUACUCGCGGAAAGCAGCAAGGACUCAAGUGAUGAGACAUAUGUGGAUUUUGUUUCGAGGUGGUCAGACACAAAACCACAAGGACAGGGGUCAGACUCCAAAAGUAGUGAGUUGUCACCACCUAGUGGGGCCUCAGCUGACCCCUAUGACACAUGUAGCCCCCAUCUUGGGAUGACAAGAGCUCUUUUUUCAGCUUGUCCAAUCUGUGGUGGACUAAAGGGAACAGCAAUAUUACAGUCUGGAUUCUUACCAGCUAUACCAGGUGGUGCUUCUGUCAUGGCAGCUUCUGGGUCUCUGAAAGUGCAUAGAGGGCACAGUCUCCAAGCUGGUCCUAAAGGUGGUUAUGAGAUGCUAACACCUCCUGCAGAACCUGGAACUCCUACUAGCCCUGAGGAACCUGAAGGGGCAGUAGGUUAUUCAGCUGAUGUCCCUGCAUCAGAUCGACCCCACAGCGAGACAGCCACCUAUGUUAAUAUUCCUGUCAGCCCGACUUCCAAAAAACAGCUUCAUUACAUGGAAUUGGAACUUCAAGAACCUAGCACGAGCGUAAGAGGGAGUGGAUCAUCCCGAUAUGCACAAAUUGACAUUGCAGCCACCGAGACAGCCCACAAAGUGGGAACGCAGCAUGCUCAGUGCCGGGAGGAACGCUUGCAGGAGCUAGAGCAGAAGAAGAAAGGGGCUCAGCAAUGA